AUGAAAGACUGCUAUGUAAAGCCGGACAUGACCCCGCAGGAAAGGGCCAGGUGGCAAGCACUGAGGCAGGAGCUGGGGAUGAGGAGAGACCAGGGGGAGUACGACCUGAUGAUCAGAAGAGGCUCAAAACCAACAUGGAUGAAGAAAGCAGUUCAGAAGGCAGUAAAAAAGAAACACGAACUCUUCCAGAGAUGGUUGAGCCUAGGUAGAAGACGUGACUAUGAAGACUAUGCAAAGCAGAGAAACAAGGCCGGAGAGAUGCGCAGGAACGCCAGACGAGACCACGAAAAACAUUUAGUAGACUCCUUCAAGAUACAUCCCAAAAUUUGUUAUGCCUACAUACGCAACCAGCAAAAAGUGAAAGUUGGUGUAACCCAACUAAAGAGACAAGAUGGAAUGCUUACAAAUUCGGACAAAGAUGCUGCAUCAUUGCUGCACAACUUUUACUAUUCAGUUUUUAUACAAGAAGGAGGAGAAGGAAUACCAGUAUUUGACAACAAAGUUGAAAAUGAUCACACCAUAAGAAACAUUCGCUUUACCACGGAGAGCAUCAAAAAGAAACUUGAUAUGGUCAAACCAGACAAAUCUCCUGGGCCAGACAAAAUACACCCAAAAUUUCUCAAAGAGUGCGCAGAGGUUCUCGCUAAACCGUGUGUAACAUAUAAAGUGAUGGAAUCUCUGCUAAACGAUCACAUUGUGGAGCACUUAAACAUUAAUGACCUUUUCACCCCUCACCAGCACGGGUUCACGGCAGGAAAAAGCUGCCUGACAAAUCUUCUAGAAACGUUCGAAGACUGGACAUCAGCAUUGGACUGUGGUGCUUCAAUAGACACAGUAUUUUUGGAUUACCAAAAGGCCUUCGACACGGUUCCACACCGCCGUCUCAUAAUUGCAGAGUUCCACAUUCAUGCUAAAGGGGGGCUUAUGUCGGGCUUGCCGGCCGACGCUCCGGCUGGAAGCAAAUCUGCCAAUUCACUGCGACUGCCAGUUGCCUUAGGUCGCGUUUGA